AGUGCGCAUCCCCUAAGAGUACGCAUUGCUAUUUUCUUACAGUUGGCAACAUUGAAAAAAAAAGUGUAUAGCCUCAGAUUGUUCGUUACUGUGUGACAAACGAGUGGCGUGAAACUUGCAGCUGCACAAGAUUAUUUGUAGAUUUGAAAGGUGAGAGUUCAUUUGUUGUUGUUUUCAUGUAAUAUUUUUAUCGGGUAACUUAAGCUAUAGCAAGUAGGUAAACAGAGAUGCGUUCAUUAUCUUUAUAUUACGUAGCAGCUUUGGUUUUCAGCAUUCGUGUCGAUAAAGCCAUAUUAGCUUUUACGGUAUGUGCUGCUAUCUGUCGACUCUUUUAGAUACUUCGUGUUCAUUCCCUAAGAGUGCGCACAAAGUUUGUCCACAAGAGUGCGCGCGCACUCUUUGGAGCACCUUGCGUACUCUUUGGGACAAGUUUAUAUUAAUGCAAAAAUGAACAAUUUUAAUCAAAUAGGCCUAUAUUUGUUUCAGAAUGUCAUCUUCUUAUAAGAGAAAAUCGGAAAGAAAGUUAAUAUUUUCAGAAGAAAUCUUAAAUGAAGCAAGAAACAGAAUACUAAAUGGGGAAAGUCAACGAAAAGUUGCAAAGGAUCUGGGCACAAAGGAAUCUACGCUAAGGAAACGCCUAAAAGCAGGAUCCAUACCAGUGUCACUAGGAAGAUUGAAACGAGUUUUUACACCGGCUCAAGAGCAAGAACUAGCAGACCACAUAAGGGAUUUGGACAGCCGAUUCUAUGGCAUAGGGAGAAAGCAACUGAUGAGUUUGGCUUUUGAGUAUGCGACUCUAAACAAUAUUCCACACAGGUUCAACAAUGUGACAAAGGCAGCAGGGCGACACUGGGUGCAAGAUUUCUGCAAGAGGCAGAAUUUGUCCCUUCGAGCACCCGAAAAAUGCAGUCUUGGCCGUGCCAUUGGAUUUAACAGAGUACAGUGUCAGCGGUUUUUCCAUAACUUGAAACAAGUGUCAGAUGAAAAGAAAUUUCAUGCUCAUCGUAUAUUCAAUAUGGAUGAAAGUGGAAUCUCGUGUGUCCCAAACAAAGUUCCCAAAGUACUUUCUCCCAAAGGCAAACGUUCAGUCAGCAAAGUGUCUUCAGCAGAGAGAGGACAAACUGUGACAGUAGUUUGUUGCAUGAAUCCUGUUGGUUUCUAUGUGCCCCCUGCGAUUAUUUUCGCCAGGAAAAGAAUGAAACAAGAGUUAUUUAAAGAUGCUCCUGAAGGUUCUUUGCACAUGAUAUCUGAUAGUGGCUUCAUUAAUUCCGAUCUGUUUUUGGUCUGGCUUAAACAUUUCAAGACCUAUGUCAAACCAUCUGAGGAUGACCCAGUACUCCUAAUUCUAGAUAAUCACUCAUCCCACUAUUCUCUUGAGGCUGUUCUUUUUUGCCGAGAGCACAAUAUCACACUUCUUCCACUCCCUCCCCAUGCUACACACAAACUGCAACCUCUCGAUCGAGGAUUCUUCGGCCCUCUGAAAUAA